AAAUGCUCCAAUCAAAAACAAAACUGGAGUUCUCCAGAAGAAGACCCUAAGUCAAUAAUUUGAGUCAAAGUAGUUUAUUUGGAAAUUAGUCCCAGGAAAUACCAGAAGGAAGGUGAGAAGGAUACAAGGAAGGGAAGGAAGCUGUAGAAGGUACUUAAUCAAGUAACCCCUGUGGGUAACUUGAGCUUAAAACCUUUGGGGAACCCUGGGGAAACACUGUAGAAUCUAUGUCUCAGAGGCAUCUCACCCAGGGGUUAAAGGAGCUGGGAUAUUUAUAAAUCAACUCCCAGGAGUCAUUGGUUGAGGACUCUGGGGGUGGGGGUGGACAGGGGCAUUAAUUCCCCAGCACCUUUGGCCUGCUGAGUUCUAGGCAGGUGGGAAAAAUCCUCAGAUAAAGAUCUAUAAGUGCUGUGGGAGGAAAAUUAAGUAGGUUUGCACUGAAAAUAUUAAGAAUUGAAGGGAUAUAAACAGAGCACUGACAAGUUUGCUACAGAGGAUAUUAGUAAUUUUUUAAUGUUGUUAGGUAGUUAAAAUGAGAUGAUGCACAAAAAAAAUCCAUUCCUGGUGUGAUGGCUGCUCUCCUUCCUUUGGCAGCCCCCACAGCAGGAUUCGAGAGAGGCAGUCCAGAGGUAAUGGAGUUUUCAAUACUGUCAACUUCUAAAAGUCAGCCUCAAAAAAUGGCAGUAGUUUCAGUGGAUUAGCCACCUCCCUCAAGGCUGAUUCUGUAAAUUUUACAUACACUUCUAAUAACCUGUCACCCUAGGGAAACUCAGACCUCCCCAGUGGUUCCUGGUAACUGAAUCUUACGCACAUAAGGGUAGCUAUCUUUUUUAGUCUUUAAUCAAGCUCCCACCCCUUCCAGAUCCCCCCUCCCACCGUGUGUUCUCCAACUCAUGAUCUGGUGACAUUGUCCAAAAAUAGCUGCAAACCAACAUUAUAAUGGUAUGGGACUCCAAAGUUUGUAGUCAUUUGAUAGUUAACUGCGUAUCUUUGAAGGCUUUGAAGAAUGACAUAAUCCAAUCUUUGGGGAAAUUUCGGUGUGAAAGAGAAGAGUAAGGGAAAGAGGGAAAAGCAGUGUAUGUGUUAGUUACUACAACUACCCAUUUUGAGGCAUGCGAGAAGCCCUGAGUAGGCAUGAAGUGCAGUGACUGGACUGUAAAGGAAGAGACCAGUGUGAAAGUGGCAAAGCUUGGUGUCUCAUAAGCAAUGGCCUCGUGUUGGAAGACUUGGGUUCCAGUGCAUUAUGCCGCUGCCAGCCUUGCACUGUUCCUCGAGUGUUUCUCUAUGUAUAGGGCGGGAAUGGCAGUACCUCGCAGGGUUACAGCGGGGCGCGAGGGGAUAGCGCCGGCUACGCGCUCAGCACGGUGUCUGCAACAGGGUAAAGCGCGCCAAUCCUGGUUUCUCCUCUGCUAAGAAAAAGGCGACGGAGGUAAUACCAUCCGUAUCCCAGAGGUUGCCGUAAGUAGUGAGUGCUGUAAGCACCAGGCAAGUAAUAAGCACCCAACCCCAGCCCGUCGCCCCCUUUUGCCCCCACGCCGGGAGAGACUCGGAUGAGACUGGCGGACAAAACGUGCUCCUGCCCGCGGCUCCCAGGCCACCCCUCUGCGCUACUCUAGCGGAGUGCUGUUGCCGGGGCCCGGGCACCGCCCAGCUCUAGCGCGGGCCAAUGGUAGGGCGGCCCGGGCACCGCCCUGCUCCAGCGCGGGCCAAUAGCGACGCGGCGCGGGCACCGCCCUGCUCCAGCGAGGACCAAUAGUAGCGUGGCCCGGAGCGGGGCCCGCCCCCAGUCGGGCGGGGAGGUGGAGAGGCGGUCACCGACUCCGCCCCACUCCCCUCUGACCCGGUGUCUCGUCUCUCUGUCUUCCUGUUCCAAACCACGUGGACGCGCCGGGGGCUGCGGGGCUGCGGGAGAGAACCCGGGCCGCCACUGCCGCUGUCGCCGCCGCCGCCAGACUCACGGCCCCCGCGUCCGUCCGAAGUCGCCUCGCCCCGGCCGCCGGCGCCUUUGCGGAGGGCGUGCACAUGGCGACCCAGGCGCACUCCCUCAGCUACGCGGGCUGCAACUUCUUGCGCCAGCGUCUGGUCCUGUCCACUCUGAGCGGGCGCCCAGUCAAAAUCCGAAAGAUUCGGGCCAGAGACGACAAUCCGGGCCUUCGAGAUUUUGAAGCCAGCUUCAUAAGACUAUUGGACAAAAUAACUAAUGGUUCUCGAAUUGAAAUAAACCAAACUGGAACGACCUUAUAUUAUCAGCCUGGCCUCCUGUACGGUGGGUCUGUGGAACAUGACUGUAGUGUCCUUCGCAGCAUUGGCUAUUAUCUGGAAAGUCUUCUUUGCCUGGCUCCAUUUAUGAAGCACCCGCUAAGAAUAGUUCUGCGAGGAGUGACCAAUGACCAGGUUGACCCUUCGGUUGAUGUUCUUAAGGCAACAGCCAUUCCUCUACUGAAACAGUUUGGGAUUGAUGGUGAAUCAUUUGAGCUAAAGAUUGUGCGAAGGGGAAUGCCCCCUGGAGGAGGAGGUGAAGUGUUUUUCUCCUGUCCUGUGAGGAAGGUCCUGAAGCCCAUUCAGCUCACAGAUCCAGGAAAGAUCAAACGUAUCAGAGGAAUGGCGUAUUCAGUUCGUGUCUCACCUCAAAUGGCAAACCGUAUUGUGGAUUCUGCAAGGAGCAUCCUCAACAAGUUUAUACCCGAUAUCUAUAUCUACACAGACCACAUGAAAGGAGUCAAUUCUGGGAAGUCUCCGGGCUUUGGGCUGUCUCUGGUUGCUGAGACCACCAACGGCACCUUCCUCAGUGCUGAACUGGCCUCCAACCCCCAGGGCCAGGGAGCAGCGGUGCUUCCCGAGGACCUCGGCAGGAACUGUGCCAAGCUGCUGCUCGAAGAAAUCUAUAGGGGUGGAUGUGUGGACUCGACCAACCAAAGCCUGGCUCUGCUGCUCAUGACCCUUGGACAGCAGGAUGUUUCCAAAGUCCUCCUUGGUCCACUCUCUCCCUACACGAUAGAAUUUUUGCGGCAUUUGAAGAGCUUUUUCCAGAUUAUGUUUAAAAUUGAAACCAAGCCAUGUGGUGAAGAACUCAAGGGAGGGGAUAAAGUGCUAAUGACAUGUGUUGGCAUUGGCUUCUCCAACCUCAGCAAGACCCUCAAGUGACACUGUCACAAAAUGAAAGGCCCCAAGGUCUCAGACAAAGCAGAAGCCGCCAAGAAACCAAAGGGACCAAAUUCAUCCAGAACGGGAUGGCCUCUUACAUUAAGGACUUUCUUAAUUUUCCACUUAAUGACAAUCAGGAUAUCGACCUGGAAGAACGUCUCUAUCAUGUGGUUUCCAGGGCAUUGACGUUCCUCAGGAGGCCCAGUCAUGAUGCGAGCUCCCUUGGCUUACCUGGAUGAAGAGCGCGCCUUCAGGACACAGUUGGGCUGCUAGAACCGUAUCACAGCUGCACGUUGGCAAUGCCUCAGCCCACAUCCCUGGGCUUCUGCCGUGUGGCUGUUUUCCAGCCCUGUGGAGUCUGUUACCGUUCUUUCUCCAAGGACUGACCUCUGUGAACCUUGGCUUCUGUGUAGGGAUUGAAUGAGAUGAUACGGGUGGAAGUUCUUUAUGAGUAGUACAGUGUUAGGCAAAUGUCGGAAAUUGGAGUAUUAGCCUCUUUUAGCCCUUGUCUUCUGAAUGGACUGCUGUCUUGGAGACAGAUGCUGCUGCUGUACUUGGAUGUUGGGGGAUGAGUGACUAGGGAGAGCGGGGGUCCAACUAAAGUUAUUGAAUGUUUUCUAUAUCUCAGGUCUGCUAUGCAUUUUCUUAUUUUAUUUUCACAAUAGCCCAGUGAUUUCAUUAUCUCCACAAGAAAAAUUCAAAAAGGGCAUUUUGUUCGAUAAUGUAAAGAUACUAGGUGUCCUGAUUUAAAGAUCUACGUGUAGUAGUGUCAGACUCUCGAAUUUUGCCCUACUUGCAAGCUGUUAAGUUCGAUUAUUACAGUUCAUGGAUAUUAGCAGAAGAUGUGAGAGUCCUGGGUCAGAGACAAAGAACUUUUUUCACUCAGAGCACAGCAAACAGCCUGAGCUUCAUGUUUGUAUUGGUUUCUUUGUCCCCGGAGUCCCACAGUGGUGACAUGGGGGGGGGGCCCGGGUAGCUGCCAUAUAUGCAGGGGGUUUGCAUCACAACAAAGGAACACGGAUGCUUUGGACUCCACCUCUGACAGCAAGCCUGCUUUUUGUUCCAGAUGGAGACAUCACUCACCCUUCAAAAUCGCUUGCUAUGAGCACAGUGAUGAGAACAGGCCAGGGUAAAGGCCUCCCCAGCAAGAAAGUGCAGGAACACUGCACAAUGUGAUUGCUCCUGCAUCUAACUGAGGCUGCAUGUGGUGUGUGUGUGGAGUCAGAGGUGGUAGAAGGGUACUAUCUAAUUCUUUCUAUUAGGAUCCAAAGGGUAUUUUCCACCCAGGGUGGACUUUUAAAGUAAGGAAAGGUCUUUGCCUCCCCAGUUCUCUUGGUACCCUUUCCUUUUUCAGUAAAAGGGGUCCAGAGGAGGUCUGUGUCUGGGGAUUGUGGGAGGAUGUGAAGAUGGAAGGCUAACAGUGAAGAAGGUUAGGCCAUCUGGAACUGGGGCUGUCUACUUACUGAGAACUUUACAUACUAUAUUAGAUUUCUGUUGCCUCAAAACAAAUUACCACAGACUUGGCAGCUUAAAACAAUACGUUUAUCAUCUCAGUUCUGUAGGUCAGAAGUCCUGGUGGCCUUGCUUGGGUUCUCUGUUUAGGGCUUCCCAAGGCUAAUGUCAAGGUGUUGGCCAGGCCGGGCUCUGGGAAAGAGUAUGCUUUCAGCAUCAUUCAGGUUAUUGGUAGGCCCUGGGACUGGAGUUCCUGUUUCUGGCUGGCUGUCAGCUGGGGACAGCGCUCUGCCUGUAGAGGCUGCCUGCAUUCCUCGUAGCUUGGUUCCCUCCAUUUUCAAGCCAGUGUAACAUGCACUGAGUUCUCACGCUUUGAAUCUGACUUCUUGUGAUACCAGGGUAAUCUUUCUAACUUAAGGUCAUAUGAUCACACCAGUACCUAGGGUAGUGUUUGAAUAGCCAGGGGCCAGCAAUCUUGAAUGGCCAACUGAGAAUUCUGUCUGCCACAUAUACUGCAGUCUUAUUUAUUGCUGCUGACAUUUAAACCCAGAUCUGCCCAUGCUCAGAGACAGAACUAAGGGGCCAGAUUUCUUUGGAUAUGUCCCACAGGGGCUUUCUGUCUCUUGGAACAAGUUCUGGAAAUGGUACUGCUAGUCAGUUUUGGGUGGCAUGGAGUCUUCCAGGCAGAUCAUUGCAAUCAGUAGAAGGGACAUGCGCCCCAUCUGCUGUAAACACAGAUGUGCCUGGUGGUUUCCAGCCCUCCAUCUGGAACAGCUGCUUCUGGAGUGGUAGUGUUGAUGAUAUUGCCAAUAGGAGGACAGAUUUAAUGUUUAUUUAAACAGCCUGCUCCCAGCCACUUCUCAGAUGCCCAAGAGAAGCAGUACCAUCCCUUGAGUAGAAGUUGCUGGUACACCUUAGUGACUUUCAGCUCCUGCAGUCUCUGCCUUGUUCUUAACUUAGCUCCUGGUUGGUCCAGCUACCUUUGGUGUAGUUUGAUGAGACAUUCCAGCAUUUUGGGCUUACUCUUCUGUCUUGGCCUGUCUGCUCCCUUCUGCUGACAGAGACAGACCACUCGAGUUCAGUGAGACUAGUGAUUGUUUUUAAAGGCAGAUACACCUGUGACAUUUUGGGGGUCAUGAUAGAAUCAUUGCCUUUGUGUCCCUGUCAUAUACCAGGUCCUGCUUCUGUCUUUCAUCAUCCUUCGGUGCUACAUUCUGUGUGGACACCAGCCAGCCUCCCUCCAUCGUGAUUAUUUUACCAUAUUUGUCAAGACAGUUGAUAAGGGUGGAAGGAAGCUAGGGUGUUGCAACGUGACAUGCCAAAGGGAAAAGAGCAAUAGGAGACACUGCUGAAAUCCAGACUGCCCUCAGGGCAGCUGAACCUCAUGGUUCGCUUGUUUGUCUCAGUCUUUUCUGAUAAAAAGUGGUGAAGGACAUCACUGACUACAGACCCAACCAGAAAAGCCCCAAAACUUAGAUUGCACCACGGCACCUAUCGUCUCACUGUCAUUGUACAACGGAAGACUGUGAGAUGGCCAUUUCCGCUCAGUCUUUUGUGUUGGGAGGCUCGUGGUGAGGCCAGUGCUAGCAGUUUGUUUUGUGGUGACCAAGGGGGAAGAGUUGAGGGUGCUACAAGGCAGGGAGGGAAGUAGCAAAAUGGAGUAGAGGAGGCCUGAAGAAGUGGACAGAAUUGAAGGUAGACAGAGAAAAUGAAACACCAGGGAACUAAGGAAUCACCUCAGUCUUGGCUGUGCCCAAGGUGGGCAUGGCCUUCAUCUGGGUGAGGUGAGGGGAGCAAGGCAGGGUGCAGAAGUGAUUUAUCGGGGGGUUUAAUCAUGGUGGAAGGCUUAGAAUGUGGGGUUCUGUUGACUUUACCUGCUGGUGAUUUGUUGAAGACCUGUGGAUUUGCCAGUGGGUGACUUGGGCCAGUCUGUGAUGAGCAGGAAAGCAACACCACAGGCCGCCUGGACCCCACCUUGUUCCUCGCCCGACCCCAGGAUGGAGGAGAAAUAACUUGUGCUUCGGCAGGGUUUCCAUACUUAGAUGACCCUGGCCUGUUCUUUAGAAGUGACUAAUAGCUAAUGGAAAUGUCAGUAGACAAGCUGGGUCUUCCUGAACUCCAGUUGGCCAGGUCUAAGAAGCCAUUAAAGUGGAACAAUUUGUCAGUGUUUGGCAUCUUUCAGAGGCCAAGCCACAUCACCCCAAGCAAGUAAAAGCUGUCAUUUGGUCAGGGGCUGCCUGGGUCUGGGGCUGCUCUAAUUCCAUGUCACACUUGGCCCUUAACGGUCAGAUAGCCUGUCCCCAUGCCUGAGGCACGGGCCUUGGGUCAGCACCUGUGGAUGGACCAGGUCAGAGUUUUGGCACAUGGGCCGCUUCCUCUCUUCCUGGGUUUUCUGAUGCUGGUGUUUCUAGAUGUGCAUCCUGCUCUGCUGACACCCUUCUGUGGAGCCUGCAGGGGAGGUGAUGGUGAUUCCAGGAGGUAAGUGGCCCAGCUUGUUUUCUGGCCCAGCUCGGAAUUAACCAUCUGUGACGGUAUAAAUAAUUCACCUUCCCACACUUGGGCUUCCUCUGUGGAAUCAAGGUGGCUGUGUGAGAUGGUGCCAGAAAGAUGAGAGAGAUGCCCAUCACUGCCUCCUCUCCUGCUCCCCAUCCUCAUCUGUAAGUGCUUACUUGGGAUGGCAGAUAGGUUAGUUGGCAUGAGUAUUUUUAUUUUAGACAUUGAAAUAUUUCUCUCAGGUCUCAGGAUACUCUAUUCCUGUGUUUCCUCCCCAUUCCAAAGUUUUACAUCUAAAAAUACUCAGAUUGGUUAAUUUGUUAACAAUUUCUGCUGUGAUUUGGGAAAUUGUAUAUGAAGGUAUAUAAAUUUCUGGAAAUCAGAGGCUCUCUUGAAUGAACCAUCCCAGCCAUGACACAUGUGGCAACUUCAUAUGUCUACUCUGAAUACCCUGUCACCACGCCAGUGAGGGUGGUGGUCCUGCUGCUGGGCUCAGCAGGGGCCAUUUAGGCAACUGGUGUCACCUGGGGAGGAGAUGCUGCCCCAAAGGAAGGGGAUGAUGGGGCAGCGGCCUGUUCCCGCUGCAUCUGCAGCGGGACAUGGUAGGACAUCUUGAAAACAUCUCUUUAUAGUCUUUAGGGAAAGAUGUUGGUGGGGACUGUAUAUUUGAAAUGGUGCCUGGUUUGCACCAGGGAUCCAACAUAAGGUCAUGACAGCUGACCUCAGGCUGUUUUAAAUGCUGGGUGCGCUUGACUCCCGCAGCUUCCCACAUACUCCUCUCUCCCUCCAUGCUGUUUCCAUCUCUCUGCUGUUUGACCUGUUAGGCAAUUAAAGGCAUCGUGCCUAAGAUCUGUAAGCUUUGAAGAACCAAUGGAAAGGCUUACCAAAAAAGUGGGGGGAAAAUUCUGGCUCCAAAUUAUGCAAAGAAAAGAGCAAAAGUAACUAAAUAUCCACAAAAGGAACCGUUUCCAAGCUUAAAAUGUUGAGAACAGUAGAGGUGAGAGUUUCUUCACAAGUAUUUCCAAGCACACACAGUGAUUGCAAGGAAUCAGACCUAAUCAUAUAUUAACUGGGUUGCUGGUCAACCAAGCAAUUUAAAAGACAGAAUUAUAAAGAGCCUUUCA